CCACCCGCAUCGAGCGCGAGGCACCGCGGCGAAUCUGCGGCUAGCGGAGGGCGUUGAGUCGGCGGCGAUGGUCGUGGUAGUGGUCGCGUCUCUACUGUUAAACAUCAACAACAACAACUACAGUAGCGCGUGUGUUUGCGUGUUUUAAAACCAACUACGAUCAUUAGAUUUAGCACUGCUGUUGCAGAAAGUUGUGUCUUCUUGGUGAGCGGGCGUGCGGAUUCAGAGAGGAGGGGUUUUUAAUUUUUUUGUCCUCCCCUUUCGUCACCCACCACGCCGAUCUGACAGCCGGAGGGAGUUCCUGCUAAACGUCGCUUUUUUUUGUUUGUUUGUUAGACAAUCCACGGCGAGAUACCGGUGUCGAUAGCUCGCUCAUUGGAAACUACGGACUAUAACUGGGAAUGGCGUGCGCCGCGGUGCUGGAGCCGAGCGGGAACUUCCCGGCGUGGCUGGAGGCGCAGGGCAUGAACGCGGAGGUGGCCCGGGCCAUGGACUCCGAGCUGGGCAUCCGGGACUACGGGGUCCUGCGCGCCUGCGUCGGGGAUGGACUCGUGCGGGCCGAGCUGCUGGCCACGGCGCGCGACCGCCUGCCCUUCGGCUUCUACGCCGUGCUGCGGCAGGUGGUGAAGGCCCUGCAGGGCACCGGGCCGCCCCAGACGUCGCCCGGCGUGGUGAGGGACGUGACCCUGGAGGGGUUGAUCGAGGUGCUUGCCACCUUGUUUGGUGGACUGAGCCGGGAGCUGUCGGUGUCCAUGCAGAGGCUGGGCCGAAUCCACGGAGUGGUCUGCGGCCCGGGGGAGGAGUACCACGCCGGGGACGAGAAUGGAGAAUACCCGAGUGCCGGCAACGACCCAUCCCAAGAUCAAGAUCAUGGAGUGGACGGCCACUACUUGAACCAGUCCUACGAGGAUGGAGAUGUCCCUUCCCUGGAAACGUCCAGCACCAUCCACUCGGACCAGGGCAUUAAAAUUGAAAGCGUGCCAGGUCACAGCUCCCAGCCGUUGCACAGCGGUGAGAGGUUAGGUGGCCGACCUUCAUGGGAUUCCUCAGGCGGUGGGGAGGCCGCUCCGUCGACAAGCUCCCACCACUUAGGUAAAGCCACGUUCGGCGGCGAUCACAUGUUCGCAAUCGAGGACGUCACCUCGCUUCAGAGCGACAAGGUGCGACUCGUGCUCGCGGCCAAGAUACGCACCAAUGCACAGCAGCAAGAGCGGCACCUGUCGCAGCAGCAGCAGCAGCAGCACCAAGGACUGGCUACCCGGCGAUGCGUCGAGAACCUGCCGGAGCCCGUCUACCCGGCGCAGCUGCCGAACUCGCACGCGUGCCCCGCGGCGCCGGGCGGCGGGAACGGCGCCCUGUCUCCGGACGCCGACCCUGGGCGGCCGCACAAGUGCUGCCUGUGCGGGCGGUGCUUUGCCAAGCCGGACCAGCUGGCGGGGCACAUGCGCAUCCACACGGGCGAGAAGCCGCACCCGUGCGACGUGUGCGGCCGCACGUUCUCGCACUACGGCAACCUGAAGACGCACCGGCGCACGCACACGGGCGAGAAGCCGUACCGCUGCGGCGCCUGCGGCCGCGCCUUCUCGCAGUGCUCCAGCCUCAAGACGCACCAGCGCAUCCACACGGGCGAGAAGCCGUACGGGUGCGACGUGUGCCCCCGCUCCUUCGCGCAGUACUCAAGCCUCAAGUACCACAUGCGCAUGCACACGGGCGAGAGGCCCUACGCGUGCCAGGCCUGCGGCAAGAGCUUCAGUAUGUCGAGCCACUUCAACAGGCACAGGCGCAUGUGCUCGAUCGCGCUUGUGUCGAGAUUUAACAACAACAAUAUUAUUGUUAUUAUUAAUUUAUUGUUGCCGUUGCCGCCGAGCGCGGCGAAUCUGCAGCCGCGGCGCGCGCCGCCAACUGCGGCCCUCGCCCCCGCAGACGUCACCCGGCCCGGCACGGAGGAACGCGCGGGGGGACCCGAGGCAGCGGUCGGGGGCGAGGUGGACGAGUGCGAGAUGGAGAGUGAACCCACGAUGGAGCUGCCACAGCAGGAGAACUUCCCGGCGUGGCUGGAGGCGCAUGGCGUGAACGCGGAGGUGGCCCGGGCCAUGGACUCGGAGCUGGGCAUCCGGGACCACGGGGUCCUGCGCGCCUGCGUCGGCGACGCGUGCCUGCGUGCCGAGCUGCUGGCCACGGCGCGCGACCGCCUGCCCUUCGGCUUCUACGCCGUGCUGCGGCAGGUGGUGAAGGCCCUGCGGGGCGACGACCGCCACGACGCCGGGACGCCGCUGUCCGGCACGCUUCGCGACGUGACGCUGGCGGGGCUCGUCGAGGUGCUGCUUGCGCUGCUCACGGGCCUGAGCCGCGAGCUGGCGCUCUCCGUGCAGAAGCUGGAGGCGGUGAGCGGUGGCGCCUUUGUCGGAAGGUUCCUCACGAAGGACGAGGACUACCAGACAGAGAGGGACGACGAGGAUUCGCACCACGGCAAUGCCGGCGACUUCUCCAAUGACGAUGCUGAGAGUCCAGUCCCCGAAGAUGAGGAAGAGUGCGAGUGGCGGCAGCACAGUGACAACAGUCCAGGGAAGAGCCUGGAGACCCUGUCUGGCUUCGUGCUGCCGGACGGCAGCACCCUGGAGUGCGCGCGCCAGUACUACGCCGCCUCCUCCGCCGCCGCUGCCGUCACCGCCGCCGCCGCCGCCAAGGAGCGCAGCGCCGCCUACGGAGCCGCCCUGCAGCUGCAGCAGCUGCACCAGCAGCAGCUGCAGCAGCAGCAGCAGCUGCAGCAACCGCAUCAACACCCGCAGCAGAGUCAGCAGCAGCACAGCGUGGACGAGAUGAUCGCGGCCGCCGUUGCCGCCACCGCCGCCGCCGAUCCCCGCCACCUCCACCACCAACAGCAGCAGCAGCAGCAGCAGGCGGCGGAGGAGGCGGCGGCGGCCGCCGCUGUGGCGUCGAUCAGCAGCAAAGGGCGGCCGCGCACGAACCGCCCCGACGCGCUGGCGCCCGGCCGGCAGCAGUAUGAGUGCCGGCAGUGCGGGCGCGAGUUCGUGCGCUCGGACGCGCUCAAAGCGCACAUGCGCAUCCACACGGGCGAGAAGCCGUACCGCUGCGGUGCCUGCGGCCGUGCCUUCUCGCAGAGCUCGGGCCUCAAGACGCAUCAGCGGGUGCACACGGGCGAGAAGCCGUACCGCUGCGGCGUGUGCGGGCGCGUGUUCGCACAGUGCUCGGGCCUCAAGUACCACAUGCGCACGCACACGGGGGAGAAGCCCUACGUGUGCCAGGGCUGCGGCAAGAGCUUCGGCAUAUCGAGCCACUGCAACAGGCACCGCAAGAUGUGCCCGCUCGCCAACGCGAGGCCGGUUCAUGACGAGCGAUGACGGGUCCGUCUCCCGAUGGGUCUCUUUACGUGCGGUGAUCCUUGGGAGUCGCUCCUGAAUUCGACCUCGCAGAGUCGGGUUAGCCGGCAGUGCAGCGUGACGCUGAGACUAAUUUCCCGCCCCCGCCCCGUUUUUCCACUGACACAUCCGAGCCGAGCCAGCGCCGGGUAACUCGCGGCACGGGGUGGUUUUCCCAACUGGCCAUUUUCCUUGUCGAGUUGGAACCAAACCGUGCUACGUUGGCCUCGCAAGAAGUCUGUUUCUGGCUCGAGGGCCAGGCCAGGCCGGGGCGGAAGGAAGGAAGAACACGUUCACAAAUUGCAUGUGAUUCAUACAACAAUCGCUGUGGACUGUAUUCCACUCGCGAGUGUUGCAGCCCCACGAGCCGGUGCUCGUUUUACUGACCCCGAAGGGACGAUCAUGAUGAUGACGACGAAGAUGAUGAUGACGUUGGUGACGACGAUUGAGGGUGCCGCAUGAUCUCAACUCGUAACCUUGAGGUCUUGAGACUGCUGCUCCGUACAAAUGGAACCGUGUCAAUGUAUGCAUCCUGUACGUGUACAUGCUGAACGAAACUUUAUUUUAUAAGGUCAGGCCCACUGAGCCAUAUGGCUAUUUUCCAGAAUCGACUUGGCCACAACUGAUAGCUCAACGAAGUGGCUUAACACGUGGUAAAUUUAUAGCAGCCAAUUACUCCUAACGCAUGUUAAUUCUAAAUGUGGAGGGAAAACCAUAUCCACGCAACCACGGGAAUAACAUGCAAACUCCAAAUAUACAGGCGUCGGGGCCGGGAUCGAACUCAUGACCUAUUUACCAGGCGAGGCAGAUAACAUUUCGCCACCGGCACAUACAGUCAGUCAUAUGCAUUCAUGUAGCUAUGGCCAGCCAAAAGCCGCAACGAAUAUGACUGGAGUUGCCGUGAUGGUUCAUGCUCCGUUGACGAGAUCGGCAAGGUAGUUACCAUCUCGCAAAGCGAUCAGAUCGGAGGCGAGUAUGAACGUGGGUAAUUUUCUACUCUUUCAAGAGGUGGUGUAUUUAUUUAACUGAGUGGGGUGGGGGGGGGGAGACCUUAGGUCCCUGUUGGGAGUCAGGACGUGGAGACGACUUCUCUUUUUAAAGCGUCCCGCGUAAUCGGUCACAAUUUUAAGCCGACUGCUCAACGGAAUCGUUGAAUCGUCUCGGUUGUACAUUGUUUUGUUGUUGUUGACGGUUUAGCGGUAACAAGGUGGGGAGUCUCGGCCAUUGACAAGUGGCCACUAAUUUAUAUGGCUACGCCCUGCUGAUGACUCCCGCGAAAUAACAAACAGAAAUGGGUUCAUCGUUGAUUAUAGCAUGAAGGUACCCAAUGGUUUUGGUUUAUGAAGGCAAUGCUCGCUUAUGAGUGUCACUGAAAUUGAACAGAUUCAAGGGCAUCUGUGAUAGUGCAGCCGGUGGCAUUCGUUUGUGUUCAAACCUUGCUGAUGGACUCAGUUAUGGUAACAUCACGAUUCACGUUUUUGGCAGUUGCUGCGUUUUAUGUGUGUAACAACAACAACAAAAACAUCAUACCGAUGUAUUCGUAACUAAAAUCGGGGUAAAUUGCCAAGGCCAUUUCGUUCAAGAUAUGAAUCUGGCUCUUUAACAACUCGCAUCCUCGUAUUUUUUUAUGUCAAUGUUGGAAGUAAAACUUUCUAAAUGAGAAGCGUUUAGUAAUAGGGUUUAACCCUUUUAUCUGGCACCAAAACUGAUGCCUUGAUACAAGGGAUCAUGUUUGCAAUAACCACAACACAAGUUGUCAAAAUGCAAACAAAAAGAGACAACUCUGAUAAUGAUAUUGGCACUGUCCUU